UAGCGCUCCAUGCCGGUGCCUGUGCUGGCGGUAGGCUGCCUGCUCAUGGUGAAGGGAGGGAUGGUGAUGGGUCAUUACUCCGCAAAGAACUACGAUCCGAACCCUAAGUCAGCCUGGGAGCGCGAGAAUUCACUUCCGGGAACAGAUGGUGUCCCAGUGAGUCAAAAGAAGAAAAAGACAGGAGAGGUCAAGUACAGCGCUGAUGGGACUGCAUACAAGACAUAAUUCGGCAUGAUGUGAUACUGGCUUUCCCAUCCAUCCUCAAUGUUUGGGGAGCAACUCGACCUCUGCAUUCUUUGGCUAGGACUCCUUUCUGUUCAAUGUUUCAAGCGAACAUCUUGCGUCACGAGCAUGACGAUUUUUGCCACGGAAUGACAAGAUGAUGUCCCGUGUAUGGUGUCGCGAGGAAUGUCUACAGGAUAGGAGGUGGGUUGCUCUCUUAUGCCAUGUUAUGCGAAACUUGUAAUACAACACUUGCACGAUU